GAACCUCUGUGUCUUUCCGAGGAGGCUUCCGAUAUAUAUACUCUCUCUCUCUCGAACAGUCAGGUCUUAGAUCGGAAUAUUAAAUUGACGGUUGUCGGAUUAUGGGCGUCCCCAUGGAUACAUGUUUGGCUACUGACAAAUAUAAGGUCACAAGGCAAUGGAUUUUAUGUGUUUCCAAAUUUGUCUGCUGGUAUCGGUGGUGUUGUCGUCUCGUCCCCUCCAUUUUCUUAUUACUACCCUCUCCGCUCACUGUAUCCGCCGCUUCCAGUGAUCCGCCGAUCCAAUCCCACGUUCCGCCUCAAAUCGACAUCAUCGUCACUCUCUUUCUUGUCUUGGUUCUAGCCUUGUUGUUUGCCAUGGGGUUCAUGUUGAAAUUUCUGAGCUUCAGGAAACUCCGACUGGGUAAGAUCACGUCGGAAACUCAGCCUGAACAAGACGAGGGAAAAGAUUUAGUCGUCGCCGGUGAAGGGUUUGUCAGGAAAUUCAAGUGGGAGGAGAUUAAGGAUGCCACUAGGGAUUUCUCGGUCGUCAUCGGUCAAGGAGGGUUUAGCAACGUCUACUUGGCUAACUUGUCUGGUUCAAGACAAGGAGCGGUUAAGGUCCACGUCGGUACAGAUCGACUGAAUCAAGCGUUCAAACAAGAACUGGAUAUCUUGCUCCGUCUCCGUCACGACAACAUCGUCAAGCUUCUCGGUUACUCCGAUGAUCUAGAGGAAGUGGCCCUGGUGUUUGAGUACAUUCCUAACGGAAACUUACAAGAAAAGCUACACGAAAGGAACAAGGAAGUGCUUCCAUGGCGGACUCGCACGGCCAUAGCUUACCAACUUGCUCGAGCAAUCGAAUUCCUACACGAAAAAUGCAGCCUCCAGAUAAUUCACGGCGACAUCAAAGCUUCCAACAUCUUGUUGGACGAGCAUUUCAACUGCAAACUCUGCGAUUUCGGGUCGGCGAAGAUGGGUUUCUCGUCGACGGUGAUGCCACCGUCUUCUUCCACGAUGAAGCACGUGAUGAUCGGCUCACCUGGUUACACCGACCCCCAUUACUUGAGAACCGGGCUCGCCUCCAAAAAGAACGAUGUUUACAGCUUGGGUGUUAUCAUACUGGAACUUGUUACCGGGAUGGAAGCUUUUUGUCCCGAAAAGGGACAGCUGUUAACAUCAAUUUUGGCACCCAAAUUAGUAGCCGCCGGCGAAGUUGCGGCGGCGGUGGAUCCACGUUUGGGUGGAGAGUUCAAGUUGGAAGAAGUAAACGCUAUGGUUUCAAUCGCCGCACGUUGUCUUCACCAGUCUCCCACCGUUAGGCCUUCGGCUUCUCAAAUCACACAAUUACUGAAGGAGAAAAUCGUUUCCAUCAACUUCUCCGAUUGCCAGAAAUAACGAAACGGCGGUAACACCGUCGUUGAUCGGAGCGUUUUCCGGUUUCAAAAGCGACAUUUAUGAAGGUAGAUUUUGCGUAGUAAAUAACAAUCGGGGCAUGUCCCGGUCGGUCGGGAAUGCGUGGAAAUAUAGAAAAUGUAAUUGUAAAAUGUCAUAUUGGGAAGGUGAAUUGUAUUUUGAAUGCAAGUAUUUAUUACGUAGUUUGAUUCUUUAAUUUUCUGCCCA